GGCACACCUUUCCUCUCUGGUCCUCCAGCGUUUCCUACCUUCUUGUCGGCUCUCAGCCUCGUUGUCUGGCGGUGAACUCUCACCCCAGCUGCUUGGGAAAUGUCAUACAGGCAGAGGCCCGUGCUGCAGUAGGGGGGCGUAAUAGGAGGAAAAAAUAACAACAUUUUUUUACUGCUCUCACUGCAUCUUUUAUCCGCGUCUCUGCCGUGCAAGUGCCACAUCCCGCUACCAGCAGCAGCAGCCACCGCCGAUUUCUAAUCGCAGUCUCAAUGCUUAUUUCGCAUUAGGCUAAUAUAAAAAAAUCCGUGCCAGACAUGUAGCUGUGAAUUGGUGGUGUGGAGUCCAGCCUGGCAUCUCCAGUCAGAUGUGGAGGCCCAGGGGGGAGAACAUGAAGCUUCUCUUGAAGAUGUCAGUCCAACAAUCUAACUGGCUUGUGACGACGUUGCCCAGUCGAAGAUCCUGGGAUUGAUCUGUGAAUCCCUUUAAACUGAUGGCCUGGACUAAGUUUCAGCUGGCCUGCUGAAGCUAUGGGGAGCUGUUGGAGCUGUCUGUACAGAGACCCCAUCCGAGACAACCAUCUAACCAAAUUUAAGGUCACCAAUGUGGACGAUGAGGGCAACGAGCUGGGAUCUGGGAUCAUGGAGCUCACCCAGACAGAACUCAUUCUCCACACACGUAAAAGAGACGCCAUCCGGUGGCCGUAUCUCUGCCUGCGCCGCUACGGCUACGACUCUAACCUGUUUUCUUUUGAGAGCGGUCGUCGCUGUCAGACUGGGCAGGGAAUAUUCGCAUUCAAGUGUUCCCGGGCAGAAGAGAUCUUCAAUCUGCUUCAGGAGCUGAUGCAAUGUAACAGCAUCAACGUGGUGGAAGAGUCGAUGAUGAUGAGUCGCAGCGGUCACACACCAGAAAUGGAAAUGUCUCGCACACCACAGACUCCCAACACUCCAGCUUUCCCUGUUCAUGCUUUUCCUAAUGGAUACCCAGGUUAUCCAAUCAGAGGGGAUUCCUCCCAACCCUCUCUUGCUGAUGACCACGGACAUGGUCUCAUGGGUUUGGAAGACCAGACCCACACCUAUGUAAAUACUGUUAGUAUGGAGGGGGAUCUCUCUAUGCGUCACUGUGUGCACUCUCUGCCUGAGGUGCGGCCAAGCCCUUUCCCUGAAACAACCAGAGGAGCCAUGCCUGUCGGGGUCCAAGGAAAUCCGCAGUCCAACCUGCGGUGCUGUCCCCUGGAGGAGCAUAAUGAUCCUCAGGUGUUCUUGCAGCCAUCUUCGCAGGAGGUCAAAUUCAUGCUGGGCCCCACUCCGGCUCAGCGUCAUUUGCUAGAGAGAGAGAGGGACAGAGAUAGGGACAGGCAUGGCCACAAUCCUCACAGCCUUCAGCCAGCAGAGGGUGCCACAGGCUCAGAGACGGAGGGAGACGAGCCCGCCAUGCACAUGUGUAACUCUCACUCCUAUCCCCAUUUCCAUCAUCACACACACCGGCACCCGGGCCUCGAGCACACAGACAGCUGCCAGAGUGGCGAGCUCACCUAUGAGAACAUCAACGAGCUGAGGAGCGGCCGGAAGCAGCGGCUCAGUCCCAGCAGCGUGUCACAGUCUGUGGGUUCUAGCAGCAGCAGCAGCACCGGGGACAGUCACACCCACUCCCUCCUGCAUCCACAUGCCCUCGGCCCAUCAUCACUACCCCCCCAGGGAUACCCGUGUGAUAGGGGCAUGGGUGGGGGUCAUCGUCGGACAGCUCUGCUCAACUACGAGAACCUUCCCUCUCUGCCGCCUGUGUGGGAGUACAGAGCUCUGCAGCGGGAUGAUGAUCAGGAAGAAGAAGAUGAUGAGCAGGAUGAGGAGGAAUACGAGGAAGAGGAGGAAGACUUUGAUGAGUAUGAGUUCUCAGAGGGCCCAGGGACACCCAAUGGGUACCACCAGGAUGGUCGUGGCAUCCAUAGAGACGCCCUGCAGAACUACGUCAACACGGAGCAGGUCCAGCCGCCCCGGCUCCGACAUGCUUGCCCUCCACAUCCACGGUCGUGUCAACCAGACAGAGGGGGGCGAAUAUUUAGCUUUGAUUUUCGCAGACGGUCAAGGUCAGGGGUUGGAAGCUGUGAGCACAGCCACAUGACUCCAUCACGGCAGUUGAAUUACAUCCAGGUGGACCUACAGGGGGAACCUCCCUGCCAAGCCCUUAGCAGUGGGGGUGCUCAGACCCAGCCACAGCACCAGCGCCUACCACCUAAAAAAUGUGGCCCACAGGCACCCCGGCGCAGUGACUGCUACGCAGUCAUUGACCAACAGAAGACCGCUGCUAUGUCCAACCUGCAGAAAGCUCUGCCCAGGGAUGAUGGGACUUCCAGAAAGACUCGCCACAACAGCACAGACCUGCCUCUGUAAACGGUGUUCAAACUGAAGAGGAGCGACGAAGACAGAUGAAGGCUUAUCCUCAUCUUAGCACACUGGACCCUUCACUGUCAUCCAUCCAUUCAACUGUUGGGCUGACUAAUACAGUACAGGUACCUAAUUAGAAACUUCUGGGAAUAUAAAAGGAAAUGAGAAAUCUCUGAGGAGAAUUUGCCAUUUUAUUCUGUGUUAUUUAUUAGAUAUGUGGUGUGAAGCUCUUUUGAGAAAUUGGCAGUUUUUACAGCCAAUACGGUUUGCUGGAUAUUUAAACAUAAGCAUAAAAUCAUAAAUAUGAUUUCUUGCUUGGCUAUGACCUAAAGCAGAGAUCUCUGUUUUCAGUGGAAGCAGUCCUUGCCAUAUUGUUUUAGCCAAUUGAAAUUCAUUAACCCAUCUCCACUCACACACACAUUAUUGUUUAUAUCAUUUAAGUAUUCUACAUCCAUGUGGUUUUUACUUAAAUAUAAAGAGAGUCACUCAUUUGACUCUUUUCACAGAAGAGGAAGUUGUUGGCAUGAAGGAAGGGUAAUGGUUCCUCCAAGGUACUUGCCAAUAUUCAUACCUCAUCACAAGCAUCCAAGUCUUACUUUGUGGCUAGUAGAAGAGACCAUUAUUUGAUACUAUAUGCCUAUAGAGCAUUUUGCACACAAUCCUAUGGAAUUGUAUUUUAUCAUAUUUUAAGGAAUGGAGGAAUCCAGUCCAAAAAAACUGAAUUAAAUGGACAGAAGAGAUGGUGAUAUUUGCAGAGUUAUUCUAAGCUAUGGUAAAAGUAGCACACAUGGAUUAAACGAGCUUUGGCUCCCUCCUAUCCACAUGCAGCAAAUAAAAAGGUAGCAUAUCAUAGAUCACCCCACAUGCACAUCAUCCCUGACCUACAGGGGGUCCACAUGGUUUACGCUUGUCACGUUGCACUUUUGACCCUUGGCCACUAAAUCGACCGUGUCCUUUUUACCAAAAGCAGGGGGCCUAAUAUUUCAUGGACAUUCUUAGUCAGCAUCGUAAAUGGGAUUUAUUUAUGUGUUUUGAUGGAGACAUCCACAACCUCAAAUAGUGGCAUUAAGCUGUAACCUCACAUAAAAAGUGCUGCAUCUAUAAUUUGUCAGUUAUCAGGUGUGUGUUUUUUGAAGAGUUAUCAAGUCUACAGUGAAGAUUUUUGUGAGGCUAUUUAUCAACCAUAGUCAGAUAUUUAUUUAUUUAUUUAUUUAUUCAUUCUUUUAUUUCCAAUUGUAAUAAUUUUGUUAUCCAUGUGACGACCAGCGUUUUGUAAUCCAGUUGGUAAAACAGAGACCAAAGUUUCACCUCAAAUUAUCACUGGACUCUGGUGUAUUACUGUAAUAACUGUGCUUAAUUAUAUAUAAAAGAGGAAGACUGUAUUUAUAUUUUAAGUGCCAAAACUUAUUUUCAAACUGUAUGAUAAAUAAAAUCAAUUGUGCCAUUAGGAUUUAUAGAAAAAAAAAUAAGAGAGAGAGGCAUGAUGAGGUUAUAGAGGGCGGGAGACACACUUAAAAAAAAUCCAACUUUAAAGGAUAAAUCAAACUACAAAACCUGCACAUUCCACCUCAUCCACAUCGACAGCCAUUUGGGAGCGAGAUUUAAGAAUGGAAAUCUCGUAGUCUGAUAAUCACAGCCAGGGUGGUUUUAUGCUGCUACAUGUACAUACUAACAGUAGCCCGUUUAAGCUACAGCGACUCAUCAAAUGAAAGCUUGUGUGUUUGAACCUAUGCGAUGUCAGAUCUUUUACCAUGUUGUUUAAUUGCUAAUAGGGGUAGCAUUGUUGUCUUCUGAGAUUAUUUCUGAGCUGAAGAAAAAUCUAAUGUACCAUGUCAGAGAAUGUUUCUUUCGGCCAAUAUUUCAUUUUGUCCAUUGUUUUCUCGACAAACUGGCUGUCUGGCAGUGGAGGAGCUCAGGCGCACUGAUGCUGUCAUCUUUUUGUUGCCGCUCAUAUCAAGGGGAUACUUUCAGCUGACGGAGGAAGGCCAAAUGUUCUAGAUUCACGGAUUGUGGUAUUACGCUGUAGUUCGCAGAGGUUGUUCAAGGGGUGACGCAAAUACAAAUUCUCAACUUCUGAUAAGGAAGGUUUUACGGUUUCUGUGUGACGUGAGGUGCAAAUCAAAGAGGAUUUCUUGCUUCUGAUCGAUGAUUUAUUUAGAAAAAUCAGAUAGGGGAAAAAAAUUCUCUCAGUUGAUGAUUUUUUGACUUCAGCCAAAUAACAUUUCACAAAAUGCACGGCAGUUUCCUAAUUUAAAGAUAUUACAUUUCCAAUUUAUGAAACAAGAAAAUCUCAUAAAUAGGAAGCUGCAGCCAGCAGGGGAUUGUCCUUUACGUUUCAAAACUAUCCAAUACAUUCAAAAUGUGAUUAUGUGCUAAUCAAUAGCCUGGCAAUUUUUGGGUGGAUUAAUUGGUUAAUGUUUAGUCCUAAACCCAAGGCGAUGUCUUUAAAUUGCUUGUUUUGUCUGACCAACAAUCAAAAAUCAUGUUGAAUAUAAUUGACAAGCAACAACAAAAUGCAUAUUUUUUGCAGUUUUACUUUUCAAUUGAGUGUUGACUUCUUUUAACCCUUCUUGUUCGACGGCAACAAUAAUGUGACAAUUCCCAACAGAAGCUUUAAAUAACCCCAAAUCAAAGGAUGAUCAUUUGUAUUAUUGUUUGAUCAUCAUGACAUUUAAGGAAAUAGGCCUCUUAUAAUAAGAAAAGGCCCUUUUUUAGCAGAGAUUUGUGACUGUAUUUGCAGAGAUAUUGUCAUUAUACAUUCGAAGGAUGUUUACAUUUUUGCAAUAAUAAGUGAAUUAUUUUUUUGUCUAUUUCAAAUCAGACCAAUGUGUAAAGUGUGAAAUUUAAAUAGUAGUCUAUAAAACUGUGGGCUUUAUGUAUUUAAUCGCCUGUUCUUCUGUGAGUCAGCAGUCUUAUUUUGUUUCAGGUACGAUGUUUACUUUUCAAUCGUCAUUGUACCAUUUCAUCUUUGAAAGUAAAAAAAAAAGAGAUGCUUGUUUUUUUUUAAUUGUCUGACACUGUGUUUGCUUAAAUUCACACUAACAGUGCCAUCCGAUUACAUUUUAUUGUAUUAAACCUUUCAAAUCAGUGGCAAUUUUUCAUACAAGAAUCAGAAAGUGUUUCAUCUAGUUUCUCAGAAUAUUGUUACAUGUAGUUUUAUGGUCUUUUAUAAAAAUUCCAUGUUGAAAUGUGUUAACUAUCUUUGUUAUAACGCAGUAACCUCACCAUGUCCCAAACAUGUUAACAGUGACCACAGCAUUAUUAUCACAUAUUCCUAUGUUUACUGAUAAUAAUCAAAGUAUAUAGUUAAAUAAUUGUUUUUCAAAGAAAUGUGAAUUAAUUGCACUUGAGUUUAAAUCAAGUGCAUUCCCAUCCCAUAAAUCAUUGUGAUUUGCUUCUGGGUUGAUCUCACACCUUUAGUUUUUUAUGCUCAAGGCGUUAUUCACACAGCUCUCUCUAGAAAUUGAUUAAGCAGCGCUCAUCGGUAUUUGCAGGGCAAGGAGCAACAUGUAGAGAUAGCAACUCCUGUCAUUGAGUUCCUCAAACUGAAUUUAUGGAAUGGGAUGCUGAACACAAGGGCUUGCUCUGUGUUUACUGUACAAACAUGAAUGCCACUAUAAAGACAUUUCUCACUGUGCCUUUCAUAUUCAAACUCGAGAAACAUUUCCAUCGCUGGUUAUGAAUGCGGCCUGUUUAAAAGAACAAAACACCGCCUGUUGAAGACAGUUUUGAGACUUCAAAAGUCUUCAGUCAAAGUAGUUUUAUGCUUCAAGCUGUAUGUCAUACUUUAAAUUGUAUUUGAAAGAAGUGCCAACUCCUGAUUGUUUUACACCAUAUUGUAUUUUCAAAAUGUUGUUGGUUUAAAUGUUUUUUUACAUUUUAGAAAACAUGCUGAUUUGCUUUCCUGCUGCAUUAGAUUAAAUCUAUGCCACCCAUGUCUGUGUGCUAAAUAUAAGGCUACAGGUCACAGAGGGAUAACUUAAAGACAGGAAUCAGGGGCAAACAGUCAGGAACCCUUGAAUUGCCCAACUUGUGAUAUGGUAAGGUUAGGAAAGGUCACCGAUCUUCCAGUCUCACAAAGUUUUUUUUUUCUCGCAAAUCCUGUUAUGUCAGGUUUAAUACUCUCUGUCACCCCAAGUAAAUAUUCACAUGAAAAUGUGGCACGCUACAUUUGGACCAUAAGUGCUGCUAACAGAAAGAAAAGACAGUCUUGGUUAAACGUUUUUCCUCCAUAAGCAAGUGAUUAAAUCAACAAUAAGGCUUACAACAAAUUAUUAUAUCAAUAGUUGGACUGAUCAAAUAUUUAUCAAGACCUACAUAAAUUGUGGAAAAAAAUGAAGUUGGGAUUUUAGGAGGACCGCUUCCAGUCAUACAUUUUUUAUUGAUUUAUUCCAAUGUCAGUGUUAUCAAUCAUCUUUGCAAGAAGGCAAAAAAGGAUCAUCUAUUCCUUUAGGGUUUUCAGCAAAAAAAUCAUCGUCUUGUUUUGAUAUUACAUGAGUAAUGGUCUUUGGUACAGUGGUUAAAGGGAUACAGUGAAAAAAGCCAAACUCAGUGUGUCUGGAAAGCUGUUAAUCAGUUUGUCCUGUAGCAAAUAAUAUCAAUUAUCAGUACAUUACAGUGUGUUUGUCAUUAUAACGUCCCAUCGCUGUGUUGCACACCAUGAUUCCCCAUCAGCUGCCUUCUCAGUGCUGAUGGUUUUAUUUUUUUCUCUUGAUUUGUAACAACUCAAAAAGUUUUUGCAUCAGAUGACAAAAAUAUGGUAAGAACAGAAAAAAAAAGGCCAGCAACUCGGUUUGCACCAUAGUGCUACACAUCAUCAGCUUCAUAAUGAUCAUCUCCAUCAUCAUCUCUUAAUACAGAACAUCAUAAGUGACAUUAUUAAACCUCAACUUCCUGUCCAUGCUUUGAGACAUCUCUGUUAAAAUACGGAAAGUAUCGGAACCUGUAAUAUCUCUUUAUUAUUAAAUGUUUUUUUAAAAUCUGGUUUGUUUUUGUCUGGUAUGAAGAUGUGAUCACCACCAGAGGGUGAUGCACAUGUAAGGGUUGGAGCUGUACAUGUUUGUGCAUUUGCAUACAGUUCGCAUUGGCCUGUCUUUGUGACUAUUAUAUCUAUUUACAAAUUGAGUGCCAAAUAUGCUCAAGCAUGAUAAAAACAUGGACCUCGAGGAUCUGAGGCUCGAGUCACUCGCUGCUGUUGUAGACUGUACUUGUGAUACGCAGGCACAGCUGAAGGUGAAUCAUGCUAAAUAUUCUGCUGAAGGAGGGAAACAUUUCUUUAUUUUGUCUUUUGUUGCCAAAAUAUUUGUUGUAUGUUUCUGUGUUUCUACCCAUUGCUUAUAAACGAUUAUGCAGUGAAUAUAAAGCAUUUGCUUCAUUUGUUGGACUGUCAAAAAGAAACAUUUGAAUCAUUUUCAUUCUUUGAUCAUUCCUCACCGAUAUGUUUUAUGACUCUUCAUCCAACCCUGUCCCAAAACAAAGCGAGCCUGACAUUUGGUGAAUUUUACCCUGAAAUAUAGUGUGGAUUUGUCCAAAAUGUAAAAGUAAAUGUAAUUCUAAUAUUAAAAUGAAGCUAUGAAUAUAUCUUAUUGCACACUUAACAGAGUCUAUUUUGUUCAUUAAGUCAAACCUCAAAGAAUCAAAUAUGCGUUUGAGUAAAACAAAGCCUUUCCCCUCCAGGAUCAUGCACCUCUUCAGUUCAUAACAUUAAAAGGUUUACAAGCAAUUUUUAAAGGUAUUUGUACAAUAUUUUUAUAAAAUAUACUAGAACAGGCUGUUUAACAAUCUUUUUUUUAAAAGAGCAACACACAAGUCAGUUCAACACAGAUAUGUGAACAGCAGUCCAUUAUGGGCUGAUCACACCUGAUCACUUAGAGAGGAAACGCUUUGUUUGCUCUAGUGUAUUUAUUAAUUUCUCAAGAAACAUCGAAGAAAGACGUGAUUUUUAGAUGUGUGUAAUACAAUACCCAAACCGUUGUGGUUAGUCAUUCAUCCUCCAGCCCAGCAGCUGAGAAAAAGCGCUUUGUGAUGGAUAACACUAGCCUGAGGUGAGGGGUUAUGUUACUGUGUGAACACAUUUCAAAGUACAGCUGUCUAGCUCAACAACCUGCCCAGGACAUACUAUUUAUAAUCCAAGUGGAUAUAAUCCAUGUUUUCCAUAUUCGCUCAAAUAAGAAAUUAAAUUGUGAUUUUAUUCCACAAUUGAGUAUUAACUUAUUUUGAGCAUGUAAUUAGUGUCUGCCGGUGUGUAAACAAUUUUAAUGAUUUGAUGUACAGAGAGCAUGGUCUUUGUUAGCUCUAGAGAUUUACAGCAAACUGUAAAUAUAUACCUUAAAUAUUAGCUGUCUUGUCUUGUGUUCAUAUGUCUGUCUUGUUUUAUCGUUAUUGAAUAAUUGUAUCAAAGGAGGAGUCUCACUAAUAAAGCAGAGCUUUUAUUGUUUCUA